UGGAACCAACAGCUGCUGGGAGGGCUCAAGAGUCACAAGCCUCUUCCCUUCCUGACUGCUUUUGCCAUUAGCUGCAAAGCACUCGGACAUUUAGCCUCAUCUGCUGUUGAGAGCCAAAAGAAAUCUCCCACAAUGGCUCUUGACAAAGUCAAGGGUCUUUGCACAGAUGCUGACAUUGAUAUACGUGUCAUCUCAGGUGUGCUUUGUGGCUCAGCUGCUGCCCUCUUGACACUAAAAUGGGUGAACCAGAGAAGAGUCCAGAAGAAACUUGAGGAUGCCAAAAGAAAGAGAGAGCUUGGCUUUCAACGUAUGGAGAAGGCAGCAAAACAGUUCAAACAGCAGAACCCAGGAGUGAAAGCAGCUCCAAUCCUCUCUCUUCCUCUUGUGGAUCUGGCUGCCAAGUUGAAAGAUGGCUCCUUGUCUCCAGAAAGUGUCCUGUACACCUACAUGGAAAAGGCUUUAGAUGUAACCCGGGAAAUCAACUGUGUGACAAACUACCUUCCAGAAUGCGAGGAACAGCUCCAGGAAGUGAAGAAACGGGAGAAAGGGUUGCUUUAUGGAGUCCCUGUCAGUAUCAAGGAAAAUGUUGCAUGCAAGGGGUAUCCCAACACACUUGGUCUUGUGAAAUUUCUAGACUGUCUUGAGCUGGAGGACUCCGUAAUAGUCAAGGUAUUAAAGAAGCAAGGAGCAAUUCCAUUUGUAAAGACCAACACUUCCCAGGCCAUUUUAAACAUUGACUGUGGCAAUACACUCUUUGGACAAACCCUGAACCCAUUCAACCACAAAAAAUCCUCAGGAGGCUCCAGUGGAGGGGAAGCGGCACUUAUUGGAGGAGGAGGCUCUAUUCUUGGGAUUGGAACAGAUGUGGCUGCAAGUAUCCGAGUACCUUGUGGCUUUUGUGGGAUCUGUGGAUUCAAACCCACCGGCUAUAGAGUGAGCGACAAAGGUUCUACCACUCCUAUACCUGGAAUGGACUCAGCUAUCUCUGUGCCUGGUCCAAUGGCAAGAAAUGUGGACAGUCUGGUUCUGUGCAUGAAGGCCCUUCUCUGUGAUGAAAUGUUUCACCUAGAUCUAGCUGUGCCACCACUGCCCUUCAAUGAAGAGAUUUACUCUAGUUCCAGGCCCCUCCGCAUUGGAUACUACGAUGAUGAUGGAUAUUUCCAGUCAUCUCCCAGUAUGAAACGAGCUGUGCAGGAAACUAGAAAACUCCUUCAAGAAGCAGGGCAUACGCUGAUACCCUUCACUCCCCCACGAAUUGAUUUUUUGGUGGAUGAGCUCUUCACUAAAGGCCUCUAUGCUGAUGGAAGUUCCACCUUAGUGGAAAAAUUUAAUGGAGAGUUUGUGGAUUCCACUUGGACAAACCAGAUACGUUGUUGCAGACUGCCAAAUUUGCUGAAGAGGAUUCUAGCUUUCAUCUUAUCACCUGUGUUUCCAAGAAUCUCCAGACAUCUACAUGCACUCCUUGGAGUAGGGUCCGUGAAAAACCUCUGGAAGAACAAUGCUGACCGAAUGGCUUAUCGUGAAGAAUUCAUUGACGAAUGGAGGAAGCUCAAACUGGAUGUUAUGCUUUGUCCUGCUUUGGGGCCAGCUUUUAAUCUUGGAUAUGCUGGGAAACUAUUUGUUGCUACUACCUAUACCCACCUGUAUAACAUCUUGAAUUUUCCUGCUGGAGUUGUGCCAGUCAGUACAGUUACUCCAGCUGAUGAGGAGGAGUUGAAACUUUACAAAGGACAUUAUGGAGACCCCUGGGAUACUAGAAUGAAGGAGGCUGUGGAAGGUGCUAUUGGGCUCCCUGUGGCAGUACAAUGUGUGGCCCUGCCAUGGCAAGAGGAAUUAUGUCUUCGGUUCAUGAAGGAGGUAGAAAGAGUCUCUCUUGAGAAGAGAGGAAGGAGGAAAGUCUGAACCAGUUAGAAAGGAUCUGGGAAGGAAUUCAUUGUAUCUGCAAAUAAACUUUUGUGUUGGCUUCCUUGA